CCCUGGUCUAUUCGACGGAACGUUCUUUGCCAAACAAGUAAAGAAGAAAGGAGAAGAACUAACGCGGCCCCGCGCCAGCGCCUUCCAGGAUUGAACAGCUUUUCCGGACUGUUCUUUCGAGGUCUGUAAACUUCCGGGUUGACGGGUACCCGACUCCAAAAUGGUGAGCAAGAACAAGAAGGAGGUACCUGGUUACGUGAAGGAAGCCAUCGAGCGGGUGGCGAAGAAGAAGGCCGCCAAGAAAGCGUCCGGCGAAGUCACACCACCCAAACCGUGCAAGUUGAAGAGGCACGGACGUCUGUAUGCCAAGGCUAUCUUCUCAGGCUACAAGCGCGGUCUUAGGAAUCAGCAUGAAAACACUGCCCUGCUGAAGGUUGAUGGAGCCCGUACUAAGGAAGAUUCAGACUUUUACGUUGGCAAGAAGGUGGUGUACGUCUACAGGUCAAAGAACAAGACCUCAGUUCCCGGCAAGACCAAGCUUAAGACUAAGACUCGUGCUAUCUGGGGCAAGAUCACCCGACCUCAUGGAUGCCGCGGAAGUGUUAGAGCUAAGUUCACCUCCAACCUCCCCUCCCAGGCCAUGGGUCGUCAUGUCAGAAUUAUGCUGUACCCCUCCAGGAUCUAAGUUGAGACUUCUUUAAUAAAAACAGAAAACUAUCUG